UUUUCGGUGAUGAUUUCAACAUCCACGAAUUUCGGAUACACUGCAUCCAGCUGCGAAGCAACAAGAUGAAAUUAUGUCUGUUGUUAAAGUUGCCACUGUGACACUGUUCAUCAUCUCUUAGCUGCAACAAGUUGCUAUCGGCUGUAAAACUUUACACCAACGCUGUUAGUGUCAUGCAUCUGUUAAAUACACCAACUUGGCCACACUGCACUCCAGCCGAGGACUGUUAACAAUGGCAAACACUGGAAAGUUACAGGGUAAAACGCUCUUCAUUACGAGCGCAUCUCGUGGCAUUGGCAAGGCGAUUGCUUUGAAAGCGGCCCGCGAUGGCGCAAAUAUUGUUAUUGCCGCCAAAACAGCUGAGCCACAUCCAAAACUAUCCGGCACUAUCUACACGGCCGCCGAGGAGGUGGUUAGGGCGGGUGGCCAAGCGCUACCCUGUACUGUGGACGUUCGCAAUGAGCAACAGGUCCGACGCGCGGUUGAGGCAGCAGCUGCAUAUUUCGGAGGCAUAGAUAUUGUGAUAAAUAAUGCAAGCGCCAUUUCAAAAAGCUCGACACUGAAGACGGAUAUGAAGCGUUAUGAUCUGAUGCAGAAUAUAAACACGAGGGGCACGUUUCUGGUUUCCAAAGCGUGUUUACCUUAUCUGAUGAAGAGCGAUAAUCCGCACAUCUUGAACUUAUGCCCUCCGCUGAACAUGAAGCCCCUCUGGUUCUCCAAUCACACCGCCUACGCCAUUGCCAAAUAUGGCAUGUCUAUGUGUGUGCUGGGCAUGGCCGAGGAGUUCCGGGAUCGGGGCGUGGCCGUUAAUGCUCUGUGGCCACGGACGAAGAUUCAUACUGCAGCGAUUGAUAUGCUGUAUGGUCCAGAGGGUGAAUUGUAUUCUCGCCACGCAGAGAUCAUGGCAGAUGCAGCAUAUGCAAUAAUUUGUCGAGACUCCAAGGCAUAUACAGGUAACUUUUUUAUUGACGAUGAGGUUUUAUUGGACGUGGGGCUUAAAGUUUUUGGACAAUAUGCCUGUCAACCAGAAAAUAUGCACAAGUUAAAAUUAGCUUUGUUCAUGGAAGAUGAAGGUCCAUUAGCAAAGUUGUAAUGGUCGGUUUGCCAAUCAUUUGAUGGGUAAUUUAAAUAAAUCAAUUUUAUAGUUUAAAUCAGUUUUCAAAUGCGACCAUAUAUUUUGAAUUUUAAAUGUUUUGGUAUAAUUCAAAAUGGUAUUUGGUCAA